AUGUCUGGAUAUUUGUGCAAUAAUUACUCGGAAAGUGGUUCGAGUAGUGGAUAUUACCACGUCGCCUAUUGUGGUCAACAUAGUGAUCCUGAAGAAGUUUCCCGCCGUCGGAAAAGAUGGGUUGCCGCCCUAAAUGGUGUUAAAAAUAGUCAAAAUAAAAUUGAAAAAAAUUCUCCUAAACAUGCUGUAUUUUCCCGCUUUAAGGCCACCAAACAAUUGGAGGAAGCCAAAGAAAAACGUGCAGAUUUGGAACGGAAAUAUGACUUGCUGUCACAGCUGAGCUAUAAAAAGUCUCCAGUGGUGGGAGAACAGCACGGAGACUUGAGGAACUCGACAGAAGCCCAGAUUGAGGAGUGUGUGUUCUGUAGUAGUCGAGAACAGCAACAUUUAAUGGUGAAAUGUGGAAUAUGCAAGAAAUCCCAGCACAUUUCGUGCCUGGUCCCCCCACUUGGAUCAGUUCCUCGAGUGGGGAUGGGAUAUACGUGGUACUGUUGGUGUCCUCACUUUAGGCGGUGUUCUUCCUGUGAUGUCAAUGUGGACUUUAAGGCGGGUGUGGAGAAGGCAGUGACGAAGGAGGCAAUGGCCAGGAUUCGUCGGCCUCCACCAAACACGGUCAUGGCCCUGGAAAAAGUGAAAAGAAUUUACAAAAAGAAACCAAAAAAUGAACCGGUCAGAGUCAAACGAAAGUACACGAAGCGCGCAAAAAAUAUUGUUGAAAUAAUAAAAGAAGAUUCAAUAAUUGAUAUUCCCAAAUGUGAGGAAAGCUGUGUGGAUUUGUCUCAAGUUAAAUGUGAAGUGACCCCGAAAAGGAAGUACAAGAAGAGGGUACCCAAGACAGAGGAGCCACGGGACAUUGUGUUUGCGAAUGUCACCACAAAGAGUGGGAGAGUUACUAGAAGAGUUUUGUGGACUGAUCAGUGUUCUCCGGAAGUACCGAAAAGGGAAGUAUCGCCAAAGCCAUUGCCGGUGGCAUUGAAAGUGCACUCGAGUCUGUUUUCGAGAGAUCUGUAUGAGCCCAUGUCGUUGUUGAUUGGGACGUGUUAUUAUUGUGGGCAGUCAAUAUUCAUGACCGACUUAUUUAUUCGGUGUAAAAUGUGUUUUAAUAUCGUCCACCGUUGUUGUCCAUUCGGGAGAGCACUGCAAAACACUGGACAUGACUGGAGUUGUCCGGAGUGUUCAUAA